CACACAUCUAUAAAUGUAGCUCAACUCUCAUAAAAAAAAAAAAACUGGGGUUUUCACUAGCUUUUAAACCAUGCAUAUGCAAUCGAGCGAGAGUGAACCAGCUACGAUGAGGGAACAUUUCAAGCUUUUAGAAGGGUCACAGUCGUUGGAUUUUCAAGUCAGGGACAAAUAUAGUAAGGUAUGGACCUUUAGGCUUUACACUAGGAAAAAUGAUGGUCACCCUAAGCCAGUGUUAACCAAAGGGUGGCUUGAUUUUGUUACAAGAAUGGGUCUCAAGGUGGGUGAUAAGGUGAUUUUCGUUGUGCAUGGGAACCAUAAUGAUCAUCUUGGGAUUCUAGUUAAGAGGAACAUAAAGUUACUUGGUUCUGAGCAUUGGGCUGAUUUGUAAGUGACUUUGGCUUAACGGGGGUCUAAAAUUGGUGACAAUUUCAUGUGAAACAAAUAGGGUAUAGUUUUCAUUUUCAUAUAGUAUACUUUGAUGGGUCUAUCCUACUUGUUUGAUGCUUGUGUCUAUGUUAAAUAUUAUAAACAUAGCUAGGUUUCUGUUUCUUGAGCUACAA